AUGGAAACUCGACACCAAAGCACCGAGCUCCACAGAUUGGGCCAAAACGAUCACCAACCUUCACCUGAUUCCACCAUCGGAGAGCAAGAGACAGUCAUUGGGAUCGAACAAGCAUCACUGCCUCCCGCUGAUAGAGGCAAACAGGCAUGGCUGGUCUUGGCUGGAUGCUCAUUGAUACAAAUCCCUGUAUGGGGAUACUCUCUCGCCUUUGGUGUAUUCCAAGAAUAUUACGGCAGCCACCCAAACGAGAUUGAUGGUGAUAUCAGCAACAUAGCUGUGAUUGGCACUACAAUGACUGGUAUCAUGUACCUCAUCUCGCCUUUCACAUUCACCAUCUUGAGCCGAUGGCCCCGUCUGCGCCGCUGGUUCGGCCCACUCGGGCUGAUCCUAUCAGCAGCUGGCUUCCUCAUGUCUUCCUUCGCGACCAAGGUGUGGCAAUUAAUUGCAACGCAGGGGGUGGUUUGCGCUCUUGGCUGUGGACUUAUGUUCACUCCCACAACCCUCUAUCUCGACGAGUGGUUCAUCAAACGAAAGGGACUAGCUUACGGCGUCAUGUGGGCCGGGAAGUCUGCAGCUGGGGUUGGCAUUCCCUUCGCUAUAGAAGCGCUGUUGCAGAGAUUCGGGCCUGUGACCACACUCCGAGCAUGGGGUGUCGCAACGGUUCUAUUAUCAGCCCCCCUCAUCUAUUUCCUCAAACCUCGCAUCCCUCUCUCUCAAUCUACCGCCGUCCGUCGAAUCAGCCUUGACUUCAUUUUCCUUCCCUCCUUCUGGAUGCUGCAGAUCGGCAACAUUCUGCAAUCUCUCGGCUACUUCCUUCCAUACACCUACCUCACCACCUACGCCGUCCAGCAACUCCACGUCUCUACCACCAUCGCCACCGCUCUUCUUGUCCUGAUCAACGUCACCUCCAUCCCGGGUGGCAUCGUCAUGGGCAGUCUUGGCGACCACCUACGCGUCACUACAGUAAUCCUCAUCUCCACGAUCGGCUCUGCUUUAGCUGUGUUUCUGUUCUGGGGCUUCUCAAGCCACACAGCGCUGCUGGCUGUCUUCAGCAUCACAUACGGCUUCUUUGCCGGCGGUUUCAGCUCCACGUGGUCUGGUGUGCUCUCGGAGCUGAAGGCUCAGAGCCCGGCGCUGGAUACUGGGUUCAUCUUUGGUUUGUUGGCUGGUGGUAGGGGGUAA